AUGUAUAUGACCUUAGAUACGUCUCCUGUAUCCUUUUUACUAUUUGGUUGCUUGGUUGUAUCGGACUCUAACUCUAAUAUCCUUAUGCCUUCAAUUUAUGAUGUUAAUGCGUCACGGGAAAUAUAA